AUGCCCGACUCUGAUUCCAAGCAUAACACAGAACCUGAACCUGAAUCGAAGCGUCCUGUAGAUUCCAAGCCGAAAAAUCUUACCGACUCCGAUGUUAACAGACCUUCAGUUGUUUCUCGAGUGCUGAACGUGUUUCCUCCAUGGGUUGGAGACAAUUUACGCUCCCGUCGACAGACUAAGACUCUGAUUCGCUGUUGGGUUUCAACUUUUGCUUCAUUGGUUGUAAUCCUUCCUACCAGAUCGCUGAUUGCUCUCGGGAAUGUUGCAUUCUUCUGUCUCUUGGGAUCAUUAAUGAUGCCUCCCAACAUGCCCAUACAGAUGUUCUUCUACGUUAUCUCUCUUAUUAUCCUUGGUCAACUUCUCGGGUGGGCUUUAGGUGCGGCAGCAAUGAAAGCAGCGAUAGCCGCUCGAAGUGUCGUGCUUCUUCGCUCUAGCUACGAAAUAGCACAGCAAACAGCCGCGACUGCAGCAAACCCCGAUGCUGCUUUUAGACUUGAAAUAUUCCAGGGCGUCUUUCUAGACCCUCGGUCGAGUGCGGUCUUCGGAGUAAUGUUUGGGGUGUUCUCUUUUUUAUUUGCUCUCGGCCGCGCCUAUCGGCCACGCUUAAUCUUGUUUUUCACGUUUGCUCAGAUCUUCUUGGACAUCUUCUGUACGUUUGGACCGCUUUUCCCGAAUACCCAAUAUACCAUCCUUAGCUCGCUUUUGAUAUCUAUGGGAGUGUACAUGGCUAUCGGUUUAGUGACGUGUGUGUUCAUCUUUCCCGAAACCAUGGCACAUUCGUAUUUGGCACUAGUAACUAAGGCGUUGGGUGACUUGAAAAGAUACGGAGAGUUGUAUGGAACCGUGCUGGAAUUGUCACCAGAAGAGAUAGCCGAUGAUUCCGGUGGAAUUGUUGGUCAGUGCGUGAGGCAACGACUGGGGUUGAUUCUUACGAUGCAGGCCUUGAAACAGAAGAGCGCGUUGAUAGAUGCGGAAUUUAGUUAUGGUCGCUGGAAUGGUUCAGACGCAAAGGACCUUGAAGAGCCUUUUCGCAUCGUUGUUACCCGUAUGGGUAAUUUUUUUACCUUUCCAAUGCUCCUGAGCAGAAAUGUUCAGUCAAUCUCUCGGGCGACCACGAAUACCGGAGAGAAUGAUGGAGAUACCACUGUUCUAGACCUGCGCAACCUUGAUGGUAUAGACGGGGAUACCGAGCUCAUUCGUCAGCUUAAUUCUCGCCGAGAUGCUGCAGAGGCAGAGAAUAACGUGCGAAUGUCGGACAUAAUCCCGCUCUUGUCCAAAUCAACGGCCAACCUGCGUAUGGCAUGCUUAGACGCUCUUCAGGCUGCUCAGGAAUUGAUGGAGCAGAUUAACAGCACGAGAUGGAAGCGAAGUAGGCAGGUCCUUGCCGAGAAAGAAGCGACCUUGGAUACUGCACUCGAGCGCUUACGAGCAAGCUCAGAGGCAUACAAAGCAAAGGACCGAUUUGCGAUUAUUGAGCCGUUUCUACCUCUGUUGCGCUCGGCCGACGAGGACCAUCAACUGCGGAAAGCUCUUCCAUUGAGACCAUUGGUCAUCGCGUCUUCAUUCGCUGCCCAAUUAGUCGUAUCUAUUGAUGCACUCAUUGACUUGUUCGGGCUCAUUCAGAAGACUACCCAUAAGCGACAGAGGGCAAGGUUGUGGGCGCCGAGUGGCCUAAGAGCAGUUGGGAACUUCAUUCUACACAGAGAGAAGGGCAGUACAAUGGAGGCAGCUCUUGGAGAAAACCCCCUACCAGAAGAGGAGGAGGAGGAGGAACAGGAGGAAAAACCUUUCAAACGUGAUCCGGAUAGCAGACCGCCGACAAAUAUUAUCCAGAAGUGUAUGAACGGUUUACACGACGUUUAUAAGUGGACCAAAUCGCCUCAAGCAAUGUUCGGAAUGAAAUAUGCGAUCGUGUCCGUCCUUCUUUGGCUCCCAGCUGUAUUGCGCUCAUCAGCGAACUUUUAUUACGUUGAGAAAGGCGUCUGGGGUCUUAUCAUGGCUCAGACAGCAAUGAAUGUGUAUGCUGCAGAUUCGUUUUAUAGUAUCGUAACGCGUAGCAUCGGCACGUUCUUGGGGUUGGUCGUCGGUCUGCUUGUGUGGUACAUCGGAAAUGGCAAUGGAAACGGAAAUCCUUACGGUGUCGCGGCAGCAUACGGCGUACUCGUCAUUCCUGCGAUGUUCGUUCGUAUCAAUGCUCCACCAGCUCUGUUGCAGCCUGUGAUUAUGUUCAAUGCGACACUGGCAUUGAUUGUCGGUUACAGUUGGAUUGACGCAAAUUUGAAUGUCGUUGGUAAUCCGGGUAUUGGUUGGCCUAUUGCGUGGAAACGUUUCGUGCUUGUCAUGAUUGGUGUCACUUGUGCAUUUAUCAUGAGUAGUCUGCCCCCGAUUUCAAGUCGCAAAGCAGUCCGGCUGAAGAACGCAAAAUUUAUCAGCGAGCUAUCAAGCCUUUACUCGUCGCUCAUGUCAAUCUGGAUUGCAGAGGAAGAGGCGGAUUCCCGAAACGAUGACGAGCGACCGGAGCAAUCUCGAGAGAUUGAGGCCGACGGUAAGUCGGUGCGUCCAUCAAUAUCGGCGACCGUGAGGCCUGGAUGGGCUACACCUAUCCGGACGCGCAUGCUGGCUCUGGAGGAACAGCUUCAGGCGUUACAGGUACAGACCGCUACUGCUAAAUUUGAAGGAAAUAUUAGAGGAGCGUGGCCGGCAGAAGAGUAUCACAAGUUACUGGAACAAGAAGGGACUAUGCUAUCGGCUCUCAAACAGCUGUUUAGUGCUUUACAGCAUCUGGAUCCCGUUUGGAGGGCAUCCUUGAAUCGCAGGACCAUGGUGUUGAACCCAAAUUUCAUCACAGAUGUCAUGUCCACUUUUGCUCUCGUAUCUCAAUCGUUACGAAACGGAGAGCCGAUACAUCAAAUCCUACCAACGUCGUUACUCGACAGACUAUUAUAUCACCAUACGCAUGAUGCUGUGGCACUGAGGGAGUACGCUGUGACGGAGAACGUUAGCUAUUUCGAACGCGCAAGCUCGUUGGAGUUUAUCUUUUUCUCUACUGGGAUUACAGCAGUCUCUCAAGUUAUAAGGUCACUGGAUGAGAUGCACCAAAUUACACGGAGACUGUGUGGAGAAGUACCUUUCCGUGGGUUCAGUGUGUGGAAGAACGAUUAUGACCGAGCUUUCCGAUCUGUUUGA